AUGGUAUCAAUACUAUUUGAUUUAGGAGCUACACAUUCCUGCAUAUCUAUAUCUUGUGCGGAAAUUUUGGGAUUUGAAAUUGUUGAUCUCAACUAUAAGUUAACCAUUACAAGUCCCCCAGGAGAAAGAAUGGUAACUUGUUCAGUAUGUGCAGACUGCCCAAUAAUCUUAGGAAAUAGAAGACUCUUAGUAGAUCUUGUGGUACUUCCGCUACAAGACCUAAAUGUCAUCUUAGGAAUGGAUUGGUUAUCAACCAACGAUGUAAACUUGGGGUGCAAGAAGAAAAUUUUAACGUUUGGAGAAGAUAAUGGAGAAGUCAUAAAGGUUGAAACUCUCACUCAAAAAUUUAUGAUGUUAUUCUCCAAGUCAGUGGGAGAAACCCCUAGUGUUGAAAAUUUUCCAGUGGUCUGUGAAUUCCCGAAAUUUUUUCCCGAAGAUGUUCCAGGUUUACCACCGGUUAGGGAAGUGGAGUUUGCUAUAGACUUGAUUCCAGGCACGAGAGCAAUUUCUAUAGCUCCUUAUCAAAGGUCAACCUCAGAGGUGGCUGAGUUAAAGAAACAAUUAGAUGAGAUGUUAGAGAAGGAAUUUAUUAUACCAAGUGUAUCGAUGUGGAGAGCUCCAAUCUUGUUUGACAAAGACUUUGUGUAG